ACAAAACUUUAUCACAUUUUGUUUAACGAUCAAACCGUUCAAACAACUAAUCAAAAAUGAAAUUCAUCGUUGUUGCUUUGGCUUUGGUAGCCUGUGUUAUGGCUGAUGUCUCUGAGUUGGGUUAUGAUUAUCAUGCUCCCGCUCCCGUAGAACAUCACCAUCAUCAUAAUCAGGAACAUCAUGAACAUGUUAUGAGUUUUGUUCCUGAAGUACCACAUAACACUUACAUUCCCCCUGCUGCUCCAGUCCCUGUACCAGAAUUCCAUCCUGCCCCUGCUCCUGAAUAUCACCCAGCCCCAGUUCCCCAAAAUACUUACAUUCCCCCUGCAGCGCCAGAAUACCAUCCUGCCCCAGCUCCAGUCCCAGAAUACAAUCCUGCUCCUGUAGCUCCCCACAACGAUUACCUUCCCCCUUCUGGUCCAGUUGAAGCUUCAGCUGAUUUCGGUAAUGAUGGCUACCGCUACAAGUCUGUACGUCGUGUUGUCUACCGUCGUCGUUUCUAAACUGUUGUUUUAAACAGAAUUGUUAAAUUUUUAUUUUGUUAUUAAUUUAUAAAUAAUAAUUUUAAAAGAAGAGAAAAUAUAAAAAAUUAUUAUCGAA